AUGCAAAACAGUGAUGAACAAAAGUUUAGAAUCCGAAGAUUAGAGAUUACAGAUAAGAAAAAAGGAUUCAUAGAGUUACUGCAACAGCUUACAGUUUGCGAUUCAGUUUCUGAGAAGGAAUUCGAGGAUCGAUUUCGCGAGGUUGAUUCGCUUGGAGAUGAUCAUGUUAUUGGUGUUAUUGAAGAUGAUGUUACUGGAAAGAUAAUUGCGACGGGGUGUGUGUUUAUUGAGAAGAAAUUUAUAAGGAAUUGUGGUAAAGUUGGGCAUAUUGAAGAUGUUGUUGUUGAUUCGAGUGCUCGUGGGAAGCAAUUGGGGAAGAAAGUGGUUGAGUUUCUCACUGAGCAUGCUCGUUCUGUUGGGUGCUAUAAGGUUAUUCUUGAUUGCACGGUUGAGAAUGCGGUGUUUUAUGAGAAGUGUGGGUUUAAGCAGAAGGAUGUUCAAAUGGCUCUGUAUUUUGGUUGAUUGAUUCUCUGUUUUUUAUUAGCUUAUGAGUUUGUUUUAUUUCUCAUGUGCUGAUUCUGUUGAAGAAAGUGUGUUUGAUGUCUUUGGAAGGCAUGGUUGAUGUUCGAUACCAUUGUUACAUUUAAUAGUUUGUUUUCUCAAAUUGUUGAUGUUGUGUUCUUCUUUGUCA